AACGUUUUUCGGCGCAUGCUCACGACAGUUGCUUUUACUUUCUGUAUUUCCUGCUUGGUGUUUCCACUCGUAAAGAUGGCAGAAGUGAGAUCCACAUUGGUUUGUGCAGUGGUUUUGUUAAGCUCAGCGGUCUUUGCAUUUGUUGAAGAUCUCGAUGACACGUUUAAGGAUAGCAGAAUGGAUGAUGUGUGGCUGGUGGAUUUCUAUGCACCCUGGUGCGGAUAUUGCAAGAAACUGGAGCCUGUGUGGCAGGAAGUGGGGGCAGAGCUGAAGAGCUCUGGAUCACCUGUUCGUGUGGGCAAGGUCGACGCUACUGCUUUCUCUGGUAUUGCCUCAGAGUUUGGAGUGAGAGGUUACCCAACAAUAAAGCUAUUAAAGGGGGAUCUGACCUACAACUACAAAGGGCCCAGGACCAAGGAUGACAUCAUCGAGUUUGCCAACCGAGUUGCAGGACCAGCAGUCCGGUCUCUCCCAAGCAAACAGAUGUUCGACCACGUCAUGAGACGGCACGACGUGCUCUUCGUCUACAUUGGCGGGGACUCGCCACUCAAGGAGAAGUACGCGGAGGUGGCCUCCGAGCUCAUCGUCUACACCUACUUCUUCGCUGCCUCGGAGGAUGUCUUGCCGAAGGAAUUUACGAUACCUGAGCUUCCAGCAGUUGUCGUCUUCAAGGAUGGUACCCACUUUACUUAUGACGAAUACCAGGAAGCCUCUCUCUCCACCUGGGUAAAUAAGGAGCGCUUCCUCGGCUAUCUCCAGAUCGAUGGGUUCGUUCUGUACGAGCUCGGAGAGACAGGCAAAUUGGUGGCAAUGGCAGUCGUUGAUGAGAAGAACCUGACGGAAGAAAGCAUCAGGUUAAAGACUCUGGUUCAGAAAGUGGCAGCUGAGUACAGAGACCAUUUUAGCAGGGAUAUUCAGUUUGGCCACAUGGAUGGUAACGACUACAUCAACGGCCUCAUUAUGGGUGAAGUUGCGGUUCCCUCCAUCAUCAUUUUGAACACGUCCAAUGAGCAGUAUUUCCUGCCCAGCGGACCGGUGGAGACUAUGGAUCAGCUGCUCCACUUCAUCAAUGGCGUGCUGGAUGGAACCGCUCAGGCCCAGGGAGGGGACAGCUUCCUCCAGCGUGUCAAGCGAGUGGCUUACGACGCAAAAUCCACAGUGAUGUCGGUGUUCCAGAGCUCCCCGCUGCUGGGCUGCUUCCUGUUCGGCCUGCCCCUGGGCGUGAUCAGCCUCAUGUGCUACGGCAUCUGCACCGCCGAGACAGACGACGGCGCCGAAGACCUGGAGCCGCUCAAGAGGGAGGGCCUCACCGACGAAGAGGAGGACGACGAAGGCCAGACACGGCCCAUGGAGCUCGAAGGCCCGGAGGACGACGCGGAGGGAGAGGAGGAGCAGGAGGAGAAGAGCAGUGCCGAAAAGAAAGUGGAUUAACGCAGGAAUUUGCUAUUAGAACAGGCUUACAUUCAGUAACAGUACUUCAAAAUAUCAGUGCUUUUUCCCCCCUCCCCCUCCUUGUAGUCUGUUCCCCAACACCCCACCCUGCAAAAAACAAGAUUUUGUUUGGUUUACCUUUUUAAUUGUUACGUUUUCUAAACUUUUAUUUUGGAACGGUAAUAUAAUUGGCCAGUCAGGGCUGAUCUGGCUCCCACCUCAUGGGAGUGUGGAGAUCUGAGGGGUGGGAAAGAGGUGAUAUGAAGCCUCAAAAAAAUAAGCAAGAUUUGGCUUUAGGAAAGAGUAGGACUCUUUCUGAGGAACUUGUUCCUGGUUGUACUUCACUGUGAUCUGUGGGUCUUUGUUGAAAUUUCCAUUGGAAAUCAUUGCAGCUAGUGAAGGUCCCAGAUCACACAAUUUAUUCCAAGCAGCGGUGUCUAAGUGCUUCACCUUUGAUUAAUGAAACUCUUUGUUACAGAAUGUCAGAUUUUUUUCCAUCGGGGUCUUGCUGAGUUGAUACUUUUAUUGUCCCCAUGGAAACGGAAGCGUUCUCUGGCGGAGGACGCGGGUUGUGAUUACGAUAUACCGACACCUUGUGAAAACGGUUAUUGUGUGAAGGCCAACUUCAUCUGUCAUCGCUGUUGCCCAGGUCCACACAUUGACCAUUCUUUUGCAUACAAUUGUAUUUUUAUUUAUUUUAUUAUUUUUUAUUAUUAUUUUUGUCAGUUAGGCCUAGUUGAAUAUUGUGUUAAGUCACCCAUGCAGGAACUAUGUUCUAUUUAUUUUCCUUGGAGACCAAUAAAUCAAACAAAUACUUAUAAAUACAGAGGCGGCCAGUUAGAGUAAGGAAACUGACUUGUUUUAUGAGGUUUUAGUACCGUGUCUGCUAAUGGUUUCUGCUGUAAUGUACAGGGGUUCCAGGUUAUGAGGACCAACCCAAGAAGUCUGAGGAAGCUAAACAAAUAUAAAACAAAUGAAGCAACUUUUCCCAGGUUACAAAAUGCACUGAAUUCCAAGUCCAAGUGGCUGCAUACAAGUUUGAGUUCUAGGUUAUUUAAUAAGUAACUACUUUAUAAAAAAUGAAAAGGAAAAUAGCAAGCACAUUGCAAUAAAUAUAUUGCACAAAUAUGUCUUAUGGUUGCUGGUUUUCUGAAUCUCAUUUCAUGAUCCUUGCAUAAUGAAGGGUUUUUUGGAUUAAGACUGUUAGUCUCUGAACUACCGCAUAGUGUUUGCAGUUUCAAAAUGAUGAAUACCGAUGUCCAACUGUGAAACCCUUGCAUUCUGAACAAGGCAAUCCUACUUUUCAGUCUGAAAAAGAUUGGCACAGUUUAUUCUGGGUUUGAAAUAAAGCCUCUUUGCCCUGUUACUUACA